AUCAGUUUAAAGUCCAAGUGCUGAGGGAUGUGAAGGCAUGAAGCUCUCCUACAGACAGCAGGGAGGCAGAUGACAGACUAUGUGGAAGAUUUCAGCAGCUGUAGAUUUUUGAAACUGAAAACCAAAUAUGGCAUCUUCCAUGAGGAGCUUGUUUUCUGACCACAGCAGAUACGUUGAUUCUUUUCGGAGGUUUCUCGACAAUUCCACGGAACACCAGUGCAUGCAGGAAUUCAUGGACAGGAAGCUGCCAGGCAUAAUAGCAAGGAUUGGAGACACAAAAUCAGAAAUUAAGAUUCUAAGCGUUGGUGGAGGUGCAGGUGAAAUUGAUCUUCAAAUUCUCUCCAAAGUGCAGGCUCAAUAUCCAGGGGUUCAUAUCAACAAUGAAGUUGUUGAACCAAGUGCUGAACAAAUUGCCAAGUACAAAGAGCUUGUAGCCAAGACAUCAAACCUCAAGAACAUAAAGUUUUCUUGGCAUAAGGAGACAUCAUCUGAAUAUCAAAAUAGAAUGAUGGAGAAAAAAGAACUUCAAGAGUGGGACUUUAUUCAUAUGAUUCAGAUGCUAUAUUAUGUAAAAGAUAUUCCAGCUACUCUGAAAUUCUUCCAUAGUCUCUUAGCUACCAAUGCUAAGAUUCUCAUUAUUCUUGUGUCAGGAACCAGUGGCUGGGAAAAACUAUGGAAAAAGUACGGAUCUCGCUUACCCCGGGAUGACCUCUGCCAGUAUGUCACAUCAUCGGACCUCACUCAGAUGCUGGACAAGCUGGGGAUUAAGUAUGAAUGUUAUGACCUUCUGUCCACCAUGGAUAUAUCUGACUGUUUUAUUGAUGGCAGUGAAAAUGGAGACCUUCUUUGGGAUUUUUUGACAGAAACCUGCAACUUUAAUUCAACAGCACCACCCGAUCUCAAGGCAGAAAUUAUGAAAGAUCUGCAAGAGCCUGAAUUCAGUGUAAAGAAAGAAGGAAAGGUUCUUUUUAAUAAUAGUCUGAGUUUCAUAGUGGUUGAGGCAUAAAUAUCAAUCAUGAGAGUGUCUUCAAAAAUUAUAUUUUGAACAAUGUUGAUCAUUCACUUAUUUCCGUAUUAAAAUUACAAAUACAUCUCAUAACAUAAAUAGAGCAUUGUCUCUUAUAUGUAAAAUCUAGAAAAUUCCAAGACAGUCUUGGAUUUCCAUGUAGAAACAUAUGAUAUCGCUGGUCUUAUCCCAUCUCUUCUCCACAUAAAGAGACUACAUGUAGGCUAAAUACCACAUAAGCUGGAAAAAUGAGACAACUAAGUUUCACUGGCUUAUUGACAAUAAAAUCCUUUCCAUUUGUUGAUUGUACUGGAAUUUCGUGGAAUACUAAUGAAGUAUGUGCUAUGAAUUCUUUAAAUACUAGUAAAGUAUAUACUUACUGAUACCUCGAA